GGAGGGGGCAUGACAUUGUCCUAAUAUCCCUGUUCCAUCCAUGAAAUUGGUGGGGAGGGGACUGGGGGCAUCCAUUCCUUCCAGGCAUGCCCACCCUAGAAUUCUGGCUGGGAGAGGCUGGGCUGUGACCGUCCACAUACCCACCUGGUGGCACCUGCUGCAUGAACACGCACCUCACAUAGGUAUCAGCCCAGCUCACCAUCUCCCACCAGUACACGGCAUUUUGCGUCCUACAUGAAUCAUCUAGUUUUGCCUCUUUUGCUGCAUCCUUUCCAUUUCUGGACUUUUGCUUGGAUAGUGCUUCCUCCAUGAAGCCUCCCUUGAUUUCCUCCAUCAAGAGCAAUCACUGGAGCAUCUUCCACUGCUCCUACUUCUUUAUGUUGUGUUUGCCUGGUUACUGCUAGCGACCUGAAGAGACUGCCGUUUCUGCUGGAUGGCCCUGCUACCCCAACGCUGCGAGUUUGGGGGCCUCCUGCAGUUCCUUCUUUGUCCACUAGAUGGCACAAGAUACCCGUGUCUGGGCCCAUUGAUCCGCGAAUUCAGGGCACCCUUGGGGUCUUUCCCACCUGCAGCUGGCAAGCAGGGGGGCCUUUAGAGAGGAUCCCUACCCCCUGCCCCCUAGCCUGGAAAACUGAAGCCCGGAGAGGGAGAGGACCUGACUGAGGCCACACACGUUAACAGUAGAGUUCAGACUCCCAGCCUGCCGCAGGCUGUUUCCCCAGUGUGGAGUAGGCUGCCCGCAUACCCUGCUCCAGUCGACCCAGGCCUUCCUGCAGCCCCUGCUGGGCGUCUGGCUGAGCUGAGACCCCAGGGUGGGCUGGCAGGCUGAGGAGUGUUGGGCCACCUGCCCGCCGCUGUUGGUCACAUGCUGGCUGAAGGGCUGCCUGGUUCAGUCUCCAGUUAGAAGUUGGCCCUAACUUGGGCAGUGUGCUGGCCACACCUCCCCAGGGAAACUGAGGCAGAAGCACUCCACCCCAGGGUCCCAGGAUAUGGUCCCCCUGACAGCAGUCCCUGCGCAAGCCCACUCGUCAGGUUAUAAAGGCUGCUUACACCCAGAUGGCUGAUCCCCGGCCCUGGGAGGAGGAGGUCCCUCCCCAUCUGGGAGGAGAAUGACCCCCCACCCCUAACCAGGGGAGCUGGAGAGUCUGGCCAAGGUUUCAGGGGACUGGAACAUCCUGGAAUUGGGGCAGGGCCAGUUUGGAAGGUCUCUGCUGUGGGCAGUGGAGGGGCAGAGAACAAGGCAGAGAUGGAAAGGCCUUGGCCAAGGCGUUCUAGCAGGGCUAGAGGCAGGGCUGGGCUGAGCUCCAUCACUGGUCUCUCUGGGCAGCCCCUUGCCCACCUCCAGGCCAGCCCCCUGCUGAAGGAGGCAUGUGUGAGUGAAGGGAAAUGGAGACAGGGAGGUAGAGUUGUAGGUCUCUAGGACCUGUCAUGCUGACCCAAGAAGCCAAGCCUGUUUCCAUUUCAGGAUUGAGGUAGGGGAGGAGGGUGGGGUCCCCAUAUUCCCAAGAAGGCCCAGAAGCAAAGGAGGGUCCCAGAAAGGGGCAGGGCUGAGCUGGACCCAUUCUCAGCCUGCUCUGUGGCCUAGGCCAGGUCCUUUCCUCCUCUUUGAGUCCCCCACAACUUACCAGAGGGUCCAGGCCAGUCCAUGUGGGAGGCCCAACCUGCAGGAGUUGUUAGAAUCCUGGGAAUUCAAACUCCAGCUCAAGAUUAAAAUCUCUUUAGUGCCCAGGGCCUCAGGUUCUGAGUGUAGGGUUCUGGGGUGGGGUGAGGUGGGAACUGUUCUGGAGCAGGGAGCAUGGGGAGAUCUUGUCACUCACCCCAGAUUCAGGUUCUCAGUACCAUUUCCCGUUUGGCCCUCUUCUAUGGCUUUCUGUGGCCCCCCCCCCCGCCCCGCUGCUUCCCAGUCAGCAUUCAGGGCAGGUGGAGUGAGCUCUGAGAGAGCACAGGUGUCUGCAGGGCCUUUGGGGUAUGAGGUCCCUGGGAAGAACCAUCACUGACCUGGUGAAGCUCUGGACCCUGAGUCUCUGGAAGUACUGGAGGCCUGAGGGAGGCAGGGCAAGGGGAGGUUCCCUCAGCAUGGGGUCCCCUAAUGCCCUUGUCCCCUACCCCAAAGCAAGCCUGGUGAGCUGAGAUGGGGCCUGUAGAUGUGGCGAGAGGCUGGGGUGGCUGGAAGCCAGAGGGGGACAGGCCUGGGUGGAAGAGGCUGGGCAGUCAUCUCUUGCUGGCUCUAUGAAGUGUUGCCAGACCUCAAACACCAGCCUAGGACAUGGUGCCCCCUCUGGCCGAGGCUUCAGGAGGCUGGAACAUCCUGGAAUUGGGGCAGGGCCAGUUUGGAAGGUCUCUGCUGUGGGCAGUGGAGGGGCAGAGAACAAGGCAGAGCCCAGCUCGGCCUCUACCCAGCCCAUCAACCUCGACCUCUGAUCCCUGACCUCCCUUCCAGGCUCUCUCCCCACUUGUCACUUUGCUGGAGCCUGAGGACCUGUAUUUGUGGACAUCUCUGUACACAUGGCCCGUGCCCCAGCUGGGAAGGUCUUCUCAAUGGAGAGUUAGCUGGCCAGUGUGACACAAAGGCCUGCACUGGGCCAACAAGGUGGAAGGAGAAGUGGCAGGUGGACGGCAAGGCCCCGGCCUCCUUCUCUCCCCCGUCCCUCUUCCCGCCCAGGACUGGGUGGAGCCACUGCCUUAUAAGUGGUGGCCUGGUGGCAGCAGAGCAAACUACAGCCGGCGGCCAGCAGGACCAGAGGGCGGCUCUGCAGGCAGGCGGCAGCGGUGCCCUCAGUUCCCCAGCAUGGCCCCCUCGGCCUGGGCCAUCUGCUGGCUGCUAGGGGGCCUCCUGCUCCAUGGGGGUAGCUCCGGCCCCAGCCCUGGCCCCAGUGUGCCCCGCCUGCGGCUCUCCUACCGAGACCUCCUAUCUGCCAACCGCUCUGCCAUCUUUCUGGGCCCCCGGGGCUCCCUGAACUUCCAGGCCAUGUACCUAGAUGAGUACCGGGACCGCCUCUUUCUGGGUGGCCUGGAUGCCCUCUACUCUCUGCGACUGGACCAGGCGUGGCCAGAUCCCCGGGAGGUCCUGUGGCCGCCGCAGCCAGGACAGAGGGAGGAGUGUGUUCAAAAGGGAAGAGAUCCUUUGACAGAGUGUGCCAACUUCGUGCGGGUGCUGCAGCCUCACAACCGGACCCACCUGCUAGCCUGUGGCACUGGGGCCUUCCAGCCCACCUGCGCCCUCAUCACAGUGGGCCACCGUGGGGAGCAUGUGCUCCACCUGGAGCCCGGCAGUGUGGAAAGCGGCCGGGGGCGGUGCCCUCACGAACCCAGCCGUCCCUUUGCCAGCACCUUUGUAGGCGGGGAGCUGUACACGGGUCUCACCGCUGACUUCCUGGGGCGAGAGGCCAUGAUCUUCCGAAGCGGAGGUCCUCGGCCAGCUCUGCGUUCUGACUCUGACCAGAGCCUCUUGCACGACCCCCGGUUUGUGAUGGCCGCCCGGAUCCCUGAGAACUCUGACCAGGACAAUGACAAGGUGUACUUCUUCUUCUCAGAAACUGUCCCCUCGCCCGAUGGUGGCUCGAACUAUGUCACUGUCAGCCGCGUGGGCCGCGUCUGUGUGAAUGAUGCUGGGGGCCAGCGGGUGCUGGUGAACAAAUGGAGCACUUUCCUCAAGGCCAGGCUGGUCUGCUCAGUGCCCGGCCCUGGUGGUGCCGAGACCCACUUUGACCAGCUAGAGGACGUGUUCCUGCUAUGGCCCAAGGCCGGGAAAAGCCUUGAGGUGUAUGCGCUGUUCAGCACUGUCAGUGCCGUGUUCCAGGGCUUCGCCGUCUGUGUGUACCACAUGGCAGACAUCUGGGAGGUCUUCAACGGGCCCUUUGCCCACCGAGAUGGGCCUCAGCACCAGUGGGGGCCCUAUGUGGGCAAGGUGCCCUUCCCCCGCCCUGGCGUGUGCCCCAGCAAGAUGACUGCGCAGCCAGGGCGGCCUUUUGGCAGCACCAAGGACUACCCAGAUGAGGUGCUGCAGUUUGCCCGAGCCCAUCCCCUCAUGUUCUGGCCUGUGCGGCCUCGGCAUGGCCGCCCUGUCCUUGUCAAGACCCACCUGGCCCAGCAGCUACACCAGAUCGUGGUGGACCGCGUGGAGGCAGAGGAUGGGACCUACGAUGUCAUCUUCCUGGGGACUGACUCAGGCUCCGUGCUCAAAGUCAUGGCCCUCCAGGCAGGGGGCUCAGCUGAACCCGAGGAAGUGGUUCUGGAGGAGCUCCAGGUGUUUAAGGUGCCAACAGCUAUCACUGAAAUGGAGAUCUCUGUCAAAAGGCAAAUGCUGUAUGUGGGCUCUCGGCUGGGUGUGGCCCAGCUGCGGCUGCACCAGUGUGAGACUUACGGCACUGCCUGUGCAGAGUGCUGCCUAGCCCGGGACCCAUACUGUGCCUGGGACGGUGCCUCCUGUACCCACUACCGCCCCAGCCUCGGCAAGCGCCGGUUCCGCCGGCAGGACAUCCGGCAUGGCAACCCUGUCCUGCAGUGCCCGGGCCAGAGCCAGGAAGAGGAGGCAGUGGGACUUGUGGCGGCUACCACGGUCUACGGCACGGAGCACAACAGCACCUUCCUGGAGUGCCUGCCCAAGUCUCCCCAGGCUGCUGUCCGCUGGCUCUUGCAGAGGCCAGGGGAUGAGGGGCCUGACCAGGUGAAGACGGACGAGCGAGUCUUGCACACGGAGCGAGGGCUGCUGUUCCGCAGGCUCAGCCGUUUCGAUGCGGGCACAUAUACCUGCACCACUCUGGAGCAUGGCUUCUCCCAGACUGUGGUCCGCCUGGCUCUGGUGGUGAUUGUGGCCUCACAGCUGGACAACGUGUUCCCUCCGGAGCCAAAGCCAGAGGAGCCCCCAGCCCGGGGAGGCCUGGCUUCCACCCGACCCAAGGCCUGGUACAAGGACAUCCUGCAGCUCAUCGGCUUUGCCAAUCUGCCCCGGGUAGAUGAGUACUGUGAGCGCGUGUGGUGCAGGGGCACCAUGGAAUGCUCAGGCUCCUUCCGGAGCCGGAGCCGGGGCAAGCAGGCCAAGGGCAAGAGCUGGGCAGGGCUGGAGCUAGGCAAGAAGAUGAAGAGCCGGGUGCAUGCUGAGCACAAUCGGACACCCCGGGAGGUGGAGGCCACGUAGAAGCGGGCAGAGGAGGGGUGGUCAGAAUGGGCUGGGGGAGCCCACUAGCAGCCCCCAGCAUCUCCCACCCACUGGCUAGGGCAGAGGGGGUCAGGACGUCUGUUUGCCUCUUAGAGACGGGUGUCUCUGCCCCCACACUGCUACUGGGCCACCUACAGAAAAGACUGGGGUCUGAUGGAGGGGCCGGCUGCUUGAGGCCUGUUCCCUGCCCCUCUCUGUGCUCUCAGACCCAGCUGGAGCCAGCACCCUUUGGCCGCUGGCAGCCCCGAGGGAUCUGCCAUUUGUUCUCAGAGAUGGCCUGGCUUCCGGAGCACAUUUCCGGGUGUGCCCAGAGGCAAGAGGGUUGGGUGGUUCUUUCCCAGUCUACAGAACAAUGGCCAUUCUGAGUGACCCUCCGAGUGGGUGUGUGGGUGGGUCUAGGGGGUGUCCCGGUAGCGGGCUCUCAGGGAGCCAGAGGAGGGAGGAAAUGGCCUCUAAGCUAGCACCCCGCAAGAAGAGCCUACCUGACCGACUUGGGGAGGGAACAUGGAGGUGUUAGGAAGGUGGAGCAACAAUGCACCUCCCCUCCUGUCAUGCCCUGAUAUCUUGGUGGCUCUCUGCCACUGCCCACCGCCUCUUCUCCAUCUGAGAAUCAGAGAGAGGCAUAGAUAAUCUAGAGGCAUGGACUGCUAGAGUCCCCAGGGAUCUGGGUUGGUCAGGGCUCAGGCUUCACUUUGUAAACCAGGUGGGGGCAUCUCACAGCCUGACUUCCUUUCCCCAGGCCAGGGUUGCUGGGAUACCUGCCCCUCCUGAGAGGACCCCCUCCCCACUGUCAGGCUCUCCAUUCCCACGAGCGGGGAGGGGUGGGUUUUGGGGGAUUGUUGUCCCUUGUGUCUGUGGACUAGAGAUAGGGCGGGGGAGCUGGGGAAGGGUGCAGGCGGGAAGAGUGGGCUGUCUUUCCCAUGGUGAUGCAAGCAUGCCACAGCCCUGGAGGCUGGGAAUGUGGAGGCUCUGUGAGCCCUGCAGUCCUCAGAAUCAGGGCCAGGGAUGCAGAAGAUUGAGAGGAUAUGGAGAUGGACAGAGGGCAGGAGACCCUUAGGAUAGACUGUGGGACCCAGGCAGGAACAGGUGUCCACAAGGACUCAGGAUGGCAUCAGUUAGCUCAGAAGCCACCUGUAAGACCCCGUGUUUCCAUCUCUGGAAUCUCUGUUUUAUGCUAAAUGGAUUUAGGAAGACUGUUUUUCUUUUAAGGGGGAAACAAGGUAGAGAAAAAAACGAAGUGUAAGUCCUGCUGAUUCUUGGGGGGAAAGAUCGGACGGCAAGGAUGCAUUCUGCCGGGGCAUGUAGCGGAGGUGUUUUUGCCAUCAGCAGUUUCUCAGGCUGGGGAGCACAGAGCGGAGGAGGAGGACUAAAUGAAAAGUUGUUCCCAGCCUGCACAGGAACACGUUCAUGAUGCACAAAACUGACUGGAAAGAGAUAAGACCACCGGGUUUGAGAUUCCCUCCAUUAAAACAACCAAGACAAAGAAAGGAGGGGAAAAAAAGAUAAAAAGCAAGACAGGGUUCCCUGCCCCACUGAAACUCAAACCCAGACUGCCUACCCCUGGCACCUCCAGAGAACUGGGACCUGAAAUACCUGCUCCUUUCUCCCCUUUGACCAUGUAGUAAAUGAACCAGAAGCAGAGAUUAACCUAUCAACGCCCUGAGAAGCCUUCCAGCCUGCAGUGCUGUCUGCUGGGAGGUCAGCUGGUCAAAGCAGAGGAGGAGAGGAGGAAAGGAUAGGGGCUGAAGAGCAGAAGGGAGGGGAGACAGAGGGGAUUAAAGAGGGGAGGAGAGAGUGCGGAGCUCCAAGAAAGGGUGUCAGAGCUGCAGCCAGCUCUGCCCUCUACCCUAGGGAGGCCAGAAAGAAACAAACAGCCCUCUGGGCCUUUAGGCUAGACUCUGGCUUGGCAGGCUCCAGGCAGGGUCCUCUGGGAAGUUACUCUAGAAAAUGAAGGGAGGAGGAGCACAAGGUCCUCAGCAACGAACACCUGCACUUGGAAAAAGUGGACAGCUUCUGCCAACCGCACCCCACCCAUGGUACUGUAUGCUACUAACUCCUGGAAACGCCCUGUAUGUGCGAGUUCUAUUUUUGUAUUUGUAUGUUGAGAUGGGCUUUGUGGUUUCUCUGUUCUCAGAGCAUAUUUCUUGUAAUUACUAUUGUUAUUUUUAUUGUCAUGACUGCCCCUGAGCUCUGGUGAGAAAAGCCAAAUUUAUAAGGAAAGGGAUGAAGUUAAUAUUUGCAUCAUGUAAUUAUAUCAUUACUGUGUAUCUGUGUAUUGUACUAAAUGGACUGAUGCCAGCACAUGAGCUGAAAAUGAAGAGCCCUCCCAUCCAUUGCAUGAGAAAGAAGGUCACCCUGAGUGACCUCUGUUUCAUGAUUUCCCAAACAGGUUUUAGAGCUGGAAAAGGACUUAAAGAAAGAGACUGGGUGGUGCUUUCUAGAAAGGAGGAAGAUGGGUAUCAGGGGAAGGAAGGAGUUAGAGGGCUUUGUCUAUGAAGCCGAGAUUGCUCAUUAAAUGAGGAACAUCCUGGCC